AUGAACAACAAUGAGACCCAGAAGGGAAACCCGGGGCAAGCGUUGGUGUACGCUAAACUUCCCACUCAAGGCUAUCAUCUCAUCGAAUUCAAUGAACCGCCACAGAAAGGUACGUGUGUUGCAAAGGCCAAAAUACCUCGAGACACCCACCUCACCUCAAAACAGGCCCCUACUCGAAGUCGAUCUCGAAACUGUAACCCUGAACCACAUCGUGCCAGCCUUCAAACGUCUUCCGCCCAGCAGGAAUCGUACUUGCAGCUCCAUGGGUAUCUAAGCGACCUACCCAAGGUCGCUGUCAAGUAUGACACAGAAAGAGUUGGACAGGAACUGCAGGAACUACCGGAACUACACCGCAAAGUGCUUUCCAACUACGCAGCCAAGGCCCUUGGCUGUGUUUUCUUCCUCGGCUCUCGCAUUAACCUCUCGUGCGUUCCAAAUGUCAACUUCGUAUAUAACUAA